CUUAAAUAUUAGCCCACAGCUAAUUUUUGAAGAAGACUUGAUAUUGAAGUGUCACAAGAUUUAGAGUUCUGUCAACACUUACAGGGUAUGACAGAAACAGCACUGCAGAAAUGGAGGUCUUUACUGGAAGUAUUUCUCAAAAGCCGACAGACUCUGAUGUCAUGGAAGGUGAUGCAGCUGGAGCUGAAAUGAGUACUGCCUGUGAUGUCAAGGUGGGUAGUUCAUUUCAGAAUGAAAACAGCACUGCCCCACCGUCACCUAAAAGAAUGAGGCUUGACAUGGACAGAGUGGAACUGCCGCCAGCCGAUAUGCCUUUCCACACUAACAACUGCGAACCUCCACUCACUGAUGCUGAAAAAGAAAGACUGCUUGCACAAAGUGGGGGUAGUUCUCUGCCAUACUAUAUUUCACAGCAAAGUGACACCACAAAAAAACAAGCAGGAGAGGAGAGUGAGAAAGUAGCGGUUGUGGAGUUUGAAGAGGAAAGCUUAGUGCACAAUCAAGAGUUUGCACCCAUUGUGUUGCAAGAGAGUUGUCACCCAUUGUCUCCUAUAAGUGCAGAAGAAACUGAAAUUGAUGUGAAAGGUGAGAUUGGAGGAAGCCAAGAUCUGUUGCAAGGUGAUGAUGAACAUGUUGUGAAAUCUCACCUCGUCCCAAUCACAUGUGACAAUAUGGAUGCCGUUGCCUUUGAAAAGUGUCCAGUGAGCACAUAUUCAAGCGGCGGACACAGCAGUGUAGCAGUUGAAAGCAGUGAUUCAGCCACUGAUGAUUUUCAGAAAGAAUUUUAUGAUAAUGCCUGUAGAGAACAAGGGACUGGAACUGAAAAGUACCAUACUCUCACCGCAUCUCAUUCAGUGUCUGACUCAUCUCCCUCAGACACAAGAGGAAACCCCUAUGGGACCCUAUCAGGCCAUAGAGAAGUGGAGGGAAGUCCAGAUAGACGCGGCUGUCUUUUUAGCGAAAAUGCGCAUGCCUGUGAUGGAGAGACAAAAGCCAAAGUUAACGAGGAACGCGUAGUGUGUGACGAGGAGAUGGCUGAUUAUGCGAGCCCAGGCUCCAUCUUUACUUAUGAUGUCUCAUUAAGUGGUGAUUUGGGAAGUAAUGAGCCCAAGAUCAAUGUGUCUCUUGCUCACAGUGUUCCCGUUGAUGCAGCCCUGUGGCUUUCCGCUGGUGCGACGGAAGGAGCCGAAGGUUUGCGGAAGUGUGAUGAAUACACAACCGUAGCCGCACAGGCAGGCCUUAGUCAAAUUCCAGUCUGUGUGUAUAAUGACAUCGCAGCUGUGACUGAGAUGGACGCAGGCCAUGAAGUUAAUGGAGCGGGCCAAGAGGGUCAUGUGUCCUCCGAACACUUGCAACCAGAGGUGAGCUCUCUGACCAGUGACUCAACAUCUGUAACGACUUUGCCCUGCGCCUCUGACAUGACACUGAAUGGCAUCACGGCAUUUGAAGAAGACACCACCCAGACACAUUCUCCUUUUCCUGAGUUCUGUGUAGAGGCUUCCACUGUUAGGAAUGUAGUGUGUGAACUUUCUGGAGCAAGCCAAGAGAGUCACAUCACCGCCAAACACUUGCAACCAGAGGUGAACUCUCAGACCAGUGAAUCAAAAUCUGUAACGACAUUGCCCUGUGCCUCUGACAUGACACUGAAUGGCAUCACAGCAUUUGAAGAAGACACCACCCAGACACAUCCUUUUCCUGAGGCCUAUGCAGAGGCUCCCACUGUUAGAAGUCUAGUGUGUGAACUUUCUGGCGACCACUGUGCUUUUCUGUCUCCUUUGAACAGUGACACCGAUAACUUUAAUAUGGCACACAUUCCAGGAAGUCUAUCUGAGGAGGAUGAACAGCUUUUGAUUAAUUGCAUCGGUUUGGAUGCAUUGUUUCCCACACCUAGUGGCUUCGCGGGGGAGGGACCGACAGAGGACACAGCGAGGAUCCAUCCACAGGGUUUACCAGCCUUUGAGAGCUUCACCAAACCUGCAGAGAGUUUUGACAUGGGUACAGAAGCAGAUACUGAUUCCUGCACAGCAGGGGCUAAAACUGAUUCACUUGUGCUAGCAAGUCUAGUGUCUAAUUCCAUGGACCAUCAUGAAAGUCAAUCGGAGGCAGCGGUGGCAUGCUCAUCUCCCACGGGACUUUUGGACAUGGAAAUGGAGGUGGGUUGUUUUUUUAAGAGUAGCCCUUCGCCGAAUGAAAUGAGACUUGGGCCUCAGUCCGAGAACUGGAAGGAGGAGAAAUCAGAGAAGCACUCGGAUGAAGUAGCAGAGCAGCAACCAGUCAUUCAGUCUCGGGAGGAGAAUGUGAAAGUGACUGAUGCAUUCGCCCACGGUGAUACCUCACACGAAUUUGCCGUCAAGGACAUGCCGGCAUUCACAUUGUGCUCUGACGCAGUUGUCCCUGGAUCACACACUACUCCCACUGAGGAUGUGACAAAGGAGAGCACAGCGCGGCAUGUUUUCUCUGACUGUGUGCCUCUGGGUUUUGACUCGUUUGAAAAAGUAAAAAUCUCUCCCGACAGUGAUCUUGAGAAUAGCCCACUCCUUGACAGCUCACCCACGGUUUUGGCUGCAGCUGCAGUCUCACAUGUUCUCACAGUUCCUCCACCUGAUUAUGGCCCUGUGACGUUAGCACAUUGUGGGAUCCAUUCAGACGAGGCAAUUGAAUUAAUAUCACAUUGUAAAGACAAUUGUCCCGUUUUUUCACAAGACAGAGGCACCAGAUGGGGAGGAAGCCAAAAGAGCAUUACUGCUGUGUCUCCUCAACAGAGUCUCUCUCCCUUUGAGCCUGAAGAAAACAUCUUCCCAUCAGACAGGAUCACAGACUGUGACAUUCCUCUGUUUGAAAUGAAAGAGAUGUUUGACUUGGUCGUUGAAGAGCUGUGCUUAUACUUUGAAAUUGAUCGAGAAGAAGAAGAAGAGGAGUCAAGUGAGUCAAGAAAAGAGGAAAGAAGUGCCUCACACUUUAGACCAUUUUCAAAAUCUGAAGAUGUGAUUGUGUCAAGUGAUAGCAUUCUUGAAGCUGAGCAAGAGGAGGAAGAAUCUUCAGAUGUUCACAAGGAGCUUGACUGUGAACAAGAGGUUCCACUAGAAAGUGAUCACCCUCAUCCUGAUGGGGAGGAUUCUAUGUACUCUACCAUGAGGAACAAAGAAUUAAGAAAAAGUGAUACCUACAUGUCGUGGUCUCCUGCGUUCCUGUCUGUUCCUUUCCUUGAACAUCUCAGAGAGGGGAGAGUGGAGACACCACCAAAAAGACUGGAGCCUCUGAAGACCUGCAGCCGCCCAAUCCGUGUGGGGCUUUCCAAGAAGGCCAGGACAAAGCAGCUGCAUCCAAACCCGAAAUAAGCACAGUCCGAGGUACAGAGAGUUUUGGUCAGGUGUGAAGUAUGGCAAAGAAUGCUGCAGACCUACAUAUGGACACUAUUAGAGCAGGUCACGUCAAAAGACUGUGAGCUUCGGCAAAGUUUUAGUGUAUGCUUUUUGUAGCUUGGGCUUAUUUCAUACAUGGUAUGUUAUUUAUUCUAUUUAUUAAUACAUUUAU